AUGACUGUGAGCCUGGAGCUGGAGAUGUUCAGUGUGACGUCUGUUACUGGAAGAAAAUACAGAGCUGUCAAGUCCUGUCUGAUGUGUCUGGACUCUUACUGUCAAACUCAUUUUGACCGUCAUGAGGAGUUUCAUUCACGUAAGCCGCACAAAGUUAUUGAUGCCACUGGACGACUGCAGGAGAUGAUCUGCCAGAAACAUGAGAAGAUCCUCGAGGUUUUCUGUCGCACUGACCAGGAAUGUAUAUGUGUGCUGUGUACGAUGGAUGAACAUAAAAACCACGACACUGUAUCAACGACAGCACAGAGGACAGAGAAAAAGGUAUUUAACACUAGCAGAGACGCUGAGCUGGAGCAGCUUUCACACACACAGGAUCACAUCCAGUUCCUGCAGAGUUUCCAGUCUCUCUCAGCACCUCCUGAAUCUACAGAUGUAAAUGAAGAUCUCUUCAGUUCUCUUGUCUCUUUUGAUGAUCUGAGAGAAUCUGUUCAUCAGCUGAGAGACAAACUGGAGGAUUUCUGUAAAGAGCAGCUCAAGAAGAUCUCAGACAGAGUCACAUUCACCAACAUUGUUCCCAGAACCAGGAAGGACUUCCUAAAAUAUUCACAUCAGCUCACUCUGGAUCUGAACACAGUGAAUAAUUACCUCCGUCUGUCUGAGAACAACAGACUGAUUACUGCCACUGACUCACUUCAGCCGUAUCCUGAUCAUCCAGACAGAUUUGAUAAUGUGUGUCAGGUGUUGUGUAGAGAGAGUGUGUGUGGACGCUGUUACUGGGAGAUUGAGUGGAGUGGAGAUAAAGGUGUGUUUAUAUCAGUGUCAUAUAAGAGCAUCAGCAGGAAGGGAUGUAGUAAUGAGUGUUUCUUUGGAAAUAAUGAUCAGUCUUGGAGUUUGUUCUGCUCUCCCUCCAGUUACUCAUUCAGACACAAUAACAUAGAGACUGAUCUCUCUGUGAAGUCCAUCAGCAGCAGAAUAGGAGUGUUUGUGGAUCACAGAGCAGGAACUCUGUCCUUCUACACCGUCUCUGACACAAUGAGCCUCAUCCACACAGUCCAGACCACAUUCACUCAGCCGCUCUAUCCUGGGUUUAGCUUUGGAUCUAGAUCUGAAUCUAGGUUUAUUUUUGGAUCUGGAACUGGAUUUGGCUCUGGAUCUGCAUCUGGGUUUAGUUUUGGAUCUGGAACUGGAUCUGGAUCUGAAUCUGGGUUUGGAUCUGGAAAUAAAUCUGGGUUAAGUUUUGAAUCUGGAACUGGGUUUGGAUCUAGAUCUGGAACUGGGUUUAGGUUUGGAUCUGGAACAGAAUCUGGGUUAAGUUUUGUAUUUGGAACUGGGUUUGGAUCUGGAACUCUCCUUGGAUCUGUAACUGAAUCUGGGUUAAGUUUUGGAUCUAGAACUGGAUCUGGAACUGGGUUUGGAUCUGGAUCUGAAUCUGGAUUAAGUUUUGGAUCUGGAACUGGUUCUGGAUCUGGGUUUGGAUCUGGAACUGAAUCUGGGUUAAGUUUUGGAUCUGGAACUGGUUUUGGAACUAUAUCUGGGUUUAGAUUUGGAUCUGAAUCUGGGUUUGGAUCUGGAUCUGAAUCUGGGUUAAGUUUUGGAUCUGGAACGGGGUUUGGAUCUGGAACUGAAUCUGGGUUAAGUUUUGGAUCUGGAACUGGGCUUACGUUUAGAUCUAGAUCCGGGUUUACUGUUUGUUCUGGAUCAUCAGUGAAACUGUGUUGGUAAUUGAGAAAAGACUGAUGAGUGAUUCUACGCAUAAUGCUUUAAGCAGCUUGAUGAAUCAGUAACAGUGAGAUGUUAUGGUCUCUUCUUUUCUCUUCAUGACAUUAAUACUGCAGCGGAACUUUUGUCACCGAAAUAACAUGAAUCAGAAUAAAUGUAAUAAAUCUUCAUACAG